AUGAACUGGAUAAUUAGUGCUACACUAUUCUUGUCAGUGUUAAAUGCUGCACUUUGUUUCAAUAUUGAUCCCGUGGCUUGGAAGACCCUGAGAAACCCUGCUGCUGGUUUUGGCUACCAGGUGGUGCAAAGACAAUCAGAUUUGCUCGUCAGUGCUCCACUGGAACAGUAUUCACAAAAUGAAAGAGGGAGAAUAUACAGGUGCACCACAUCUCCCCAGAACUGCCAAAAUAUACAAUUUCAAGCACCGGAUUUUGCAGUCAACAUGUUGCUUGGUUUGACAAUGAAAAGUGAUUCCAGAGCAAAAAACACUGUGGUGUGUGGGCCAACCAUUCCAAAGGACUGCAAAAAAAUCACCUUGUACAACGGUGUGUGCUUUCAGAUGGACAGUUAUAAUAAUUUUGGACCCUCCAUUCCUUCUUCUCCUCCAGAGUGCCGAACACAAGCAGACAUUGCCUUUCUGUUGGAUGGUUCGGGCAGUGUACGUGAUACUGAUUUUCAAACUAUGAAGAAUUUUAUGAAAGAUCUCAUCAAAUCCUUUCUAUCAAGUGACACACAGUUUUCUGUUUCCCAGUUCUCUACUGAUCCGCAGGUUCACUUUAAUUUGAAAAAGUUUUCCUCAUCUGAAUCAGUGGAGACUGACAUCAAUAGAAUCACACAGCUGACGGAAAGAACUUACACGGCUAAGGCCAUCAGACAUUCUUCUCUUGCUGUACUGCCUGAUCUAAACUCAGGUGGAUUCAGGGAUUUGGCAGUUGGAGCACCUUUGGAGAAUGAUGGUGAAGGCAGCAUCUACAUAUUCCACAGUGAAGGAGGAGGAAGAAUCAGUCCUACUUACUCACAGAGAAUUAUUGGCGCUGAGGUCCAGUCAGGACUGAAGUUAUUUGGCCUGUCAAUCAGUCAGUCGUCUUUUGACCAGAGUGGUGAUGAACUUCCUGAUUUAGCGGUGGGUUCAAAGGGCACAGUUGUCUUACUGAGAUCAAGACCUAUAGUAAUGGUGAGAGCUGAGGUAUCGUUUAGCCCAAACAAAAUCCCUACACAGAAUGUAGACUGCUCAAAACCAUUAGAGAAUACAGCUGAAAUCUGCUUUACUAUGAGCAGAGUGUCUACAGUCGACACAGCUCGAGCAAUGAUUGAUUACACUAUAACACUGGAUGCCACUCGCAAGCCUCCAAACAACCGAGCUUACAUCAGUGGGAAACAACGAGAGCAGUCUGGAUCAGUUACUGUUGACUUAGGAAUAAAAAAAUGUUCAACUGUAAAAUUCCUCAUUGAGGCUUGCCCCAAAGAUGCUCUCAAUGAACUUUCCAAUGAGCUCAAAUUCAUUUUUAAUGGUUUGGCCUCAAACACAAACCUCAGACCAAGUCUUGCCCUGCAGGCCCAAACAACAACCAUUCAUCCUUUAGGGUUUGAGAUCAACUGUGGCACUGACAACAAAUGUGUUGAUAACCUGAAACUGGAUUUCAACUUCACCAGAUCCUCAGUGGUUAAAGUGGGCAUUGAUGAGCUUUUGAAUGUCACAGUCUCAGUGGAGAACAGAGGAGAAAACUCCUACAACAGUCGUGUUAUUCUCACGUACCCAGCUGGACUCUCCUACAGGAAGUUCACCAUUCAGCAGGGAAGAAUUGAGUGCAACUCUUUGGACAGUGAAGAUGGUUUAUCACGAGGAAGGACAGACUGCACUAUUGACAAGCCAAUUUUCAAGAGCAAAACUAAGGUUUUCUUCAUUAUCACGUAUGGGAUUGAAACAGUCAGUCAAUUUGAGAGGGAGAUCUUUGUCACUGCAAAUGUCACCAGUGGAAAUCAGGAGCAUGCCACUACAAGUGAACUCUACAAACAGAAAUCGAUUGAUGUGAAAUACAGCAUUUUUCUCACAUUUGAAAGCUCUUUCAGCAGCCACAAUUUGACCCCUGGAAUGAAUAAUUCACAGGAAGCAGUCCAACAAAUAAUCAAGAUUACAAACUAUAUCAGAGCAUUUAAUUUCACUGUGGUGAUCAGGGUUCCAGUGAAACUUGGUGAAAAAGACAUUUGGGUGGAUUUGAGCAGCCUACAGAUUGCAGACUGUCAGAGAGGAAAUGAUGAAGAACCGCUUAACAAAGAAUUUGUUGCUGAAAUACAAAAACAUAAAGUAGUGGACUGCUCUGUAGCCACGUGCAGAGUGUUCAAGUGCAACACAUUUAUGGGAAUAUCGGAGAGUAGGAUGUAUGAAAUUUCUGCCAACUUCAGUUCAGGAUGGAUAGAGCAGAUUGGAUUUCAAUCUGCCAAAUUCCUCUUGACCAUCACAGCCAGUCUGGAGUAUGACAAAAACCAGUACAUCUACUUUUCAGCGUGGACUAAAAAUAAUCCUCCAGUCCACAAGAUUGAGGCAGAGAUAAAAGUGUAUUCUGAACCAGAUUACAUUAAAGAGAUAAUUGGAGGAUACAUUGGAGGUUUGGCUGUUACUGCUUUAUUCACUGUUGGCCUGUACAAGGCUGGAUAUUUCAAGAGUGAUUACAAAGAGAUGAUAAAAUCAAAUCCUGAAGAAGCAGAGGGUCCAGCUUUUUGUAGAAAUAGUGACGCUCUAAAGACUGACUAA